CUCGAUCAGUAGGUGCAAAAUCCGCAUCUCCCACUUGUUAGCAGGAGCUGUGAGCGCAGCCCGGAGACGAUGGCGUCCUCGGAGCGGCCCGAGCAGCAGAGUCAGAGUGGAUCUCCUGUCAGAGAUGCUCCACCGCGGGAAACUCUGAUCGCCACAGCAGUGAAGUUCUUGCAGAACCCAAAAGUUCAUCAGAGUCCUUUGGCCACCAGAAAAGCUUUCUUGAAGAAAAAAGGUCUGACAGAUGAGGAGGUGGAGCUGGCCAUCCAGCGCUCGGGCAGCACGGAGGAGGCAUUGGUUCGGACACCAGUGGGACCCCCACACAUUAUCCAGGGCCCUCCGCUGGCUCCUGUACCCUACAGUCCCCCUGGUUACAGAUGGAGAGACUAUGGUGCCCUGGCCAUCAUCAUGGCAGGAAUGGCCUUUGGCUUCCAUCACCUGUACCGGAAAUACAUCCUUCCCCUCAUUAUGGGCAGCAAAGAGGACAAGAAGCAUCUGCAGAGGAUCGAGAGCAGCAUCAUCGAGAUGAGUGGCACGCUGACACAGACAGUGACCCAGUUGCAGACGACUUUAGCCUCAGUGCAGGAACUGUUGGUCCAGCAGCAGAAGAGAAUACAGGAGCUGUCUCAGGAGCUGGCGAACUCUCAGGCCUCCUCCACCACCAACCGCAUGCUGGAGUCUCAAAGCAUCAGUGAACUGAAAGCUGAGAUCACUUCUCUGAAGGGGCUUUUACUCAGCAGGAGACAGUUCCCUGCCUCUCCUUCACUCCCCAAAAUCCCAGCCUGGCAGAUUCCUCUAAAGCCAGGCACACUGUCCAACCCCCCAUCGGUCAACCACACCAACAGCAGCAGCGACAUCUCGCCGGUCAGCAACGAGUCAGCCAGCUCCUCGCCUGUCAAAGAGGGCCACAGCUCACAGGUGACUCCAUCCAGCGCACACAGCCUGAACGGAGAGGCAGGACUAGGGGCCAUGCUGCCUCUAGACCUAAAGGACCAGGUACGUAUGGAAGUGCAGGGGGAAGAGGAGAGAAAGGAAGAAGAGGAGGAUGAGGAGGAGGAGGAGGACGAUGAUGUGACUCACGUGGAUGAAGAGGAGCACCUGAGUGUCCAGACAGAGGACAGAAGAGGAGGGGACGGACAGUUUAAUGAGCAGGUGGAAAAGUUGCGCCGUCCUGAAGGGGCCAGCAACGAGAGCGAGGUGGAUUAGGCCAAGCUCUAAUGUCUCUGUCUGCUUUAGUUUAAUCCUUCCAUCACACAACCCUUUCUAUAAUUGAGUUGCGGCAUCGCUCCCUUUAUGCAGUCUGCGUAGCACUGUGAAACAAGCAACAGGUCAUCGUUGUGUUUCGUAUUCUCGUGAUGUGAAUUUUUCUUUCAUAUGAACUCAAGUAACAGCGCAAACAUUCUUGCAUGUCCAGGCAAGCACAGUAAUGAGCAGUGUGAGCUAGAUGAUGACAAAAUUGCGAUCUUUUUUCAGUCUAACCUUUAUCAACCAUUCUGUGCCCAGACAUCUCAUAAAUACUAGUCUAUUCACACAACAUUAGUGACUGUAGUUUCUAAUUAUAUACAGAAGUCAACCUACUAUAAACAUACUGUGUAUCUACCAGUUAAAAGUUACUGUAUUUAAUUGCAAACAAGGGCCUAAGCAACAAAUCAUGGACACCAAAGAAUCGCAUUGUUCCACUUUUGUUUUGAGUGUAGUUUGUGGUUCACAUGACCUGAUUAUGUGUGCAUGUGCUGCGUCAUAUGCAACCACAGAGAAAGACCCAUCCUCCGUGUCUUCUGCGAUCCUGGUGGAUGAGCUCUUGUCUGGACUGUUCUUGUUCGCCGUGCACUCUCAGCAGAACGUGGCGCAGCAGCUCAUACGUCUGUGGAAGAACAAGUCCUUGUAAUUUCCGAUUAAAGUGAUGAUGGGUUUUGCUGCCUGGUGGUGCUGAGAAUUGGAGAGCACUGAAGAGGCAAAUAAACACUGUUUUUAAUGCUCUCUGUGUGUGAGUGAGCAAGAGAGGGAGGGAGGGACUGAAAGAGAGUGAGAGAUGGCAAAAACAUAAAGUGCUCUGCCUGCUCAGUUGCAUCUCUUGCGUCUCCAGCAGGGCAGCUGAUUUGGUUUAUGAAGUAUGUUAAUAAUCAAAUGAUCAACAAAUAACAGAUGUAUUAGUUCAUGCAGCUUGAAAUGUCAAGGAGGCUAAAAUCGGAAAUCUAAUACUCAAAGCCCAUUCUAUUGUAUUAUAUUACAUGACAAAGCCUCCAGUCCAAAUUAUACCGGCCUCCUACAGUGAAUAAUCUUAACAUGAAACGGUGCCGGGGUUUUUGUAAUUAAACCAUGUAAAACAAUGGAUGCUUCAGCAGAGGUGCUGACAGUUGUGCUUCUCUCUUUGUGGGGCUUUUCUUUCUCAAGUCCUGAGGGAGAGAAAAGAAAAAAAACGGAAAAAACACCCCUGAUGCAAAUGGAGAGUAACGUAUGAAUACUUAACUAAUGGAAUUACUCACUCGCCAGCUGACGAGAAAAAAGGCGAGAAAGAUCCCGGAGAGAGAAUUAGAGUGUCAGCUCCACUCUGACAUUUUCACUUUUAACAAAUGGCCUUCAGAGUAACAUGAUUAUGGCCCAAGCAGGUGAAGCGUUUGUGGCAGCGAUCGCUGUGCCUCUACACUAUGGAGGAUCCUUACUGUCUAGAUUACAGCUGACAUACACUAAGAAAAGCUAUUCAUGUUAUAUUGUAGAGAAUAAGAACAUGUACGCAUCAUUUACUGUAAUACAGGGUUAUGAGUUUUAAAAUAAUUAUCAAAAAUGGGGAAAAAAUAAGAUAUUAAAGGAAUACUUCACUGAUUUUCAACCUAAUCUCUAUUCACUGUGUUCUCAUAAUACAUUGGUUUCCACUGUAAGUGUGUUUUGAGUCAUCAAGUUUUCUGGUCUUUUAGUAAACGGAAACUUUUGUAGUAAUUAUAUGUACUACAGAUGUAGCAGAUUAGCAGUGACAACCCUUGACUAUUAGAGCCAAAGUCAAAACCUGGUCAAAAGAUGAGGAGGGAAAACCACCUCUAUACUAAUGCUGAUUUCUGUUAGCUUCUCUAUGGGAUUCUUGUAGUAUGUUAGCACUCUGCUUAGAGCGAUUUACAUGAACUCUUUUUGGCUGUUUGAGAUGAAGCAUGGACAUUUGAAGCUGGGAAAAAGAUAUUCCAAGUUUUAUUUGAAGCUUGUAACAGACAUAUCAACAUAUUUCACAUGAUGUUUUCUCAUUAUCGUACCACUUUUAGUAAAGAGCCCAGGCAUAGAGCUGCUGCCACUGUUUUUAAUUUCUAACACCUGACUGAAACGUUGGUCAGGCUACCACUCAUGCUCGCUAACAUUGAUGUAUCUAGGACUUCCAGAAGGCCUUGAGAAUUUUUUCUCACAAAAUUAAUCCCACACAUUGAAAAUCGAAACAUCUUCAGUUAUUUUCAUGGUCAGUUAACCUAAUUAUGUUGCUGGUUACUCUGACACGUUAAGACUUUAGCUUCGAAGCCAUAACCAGUGAAAGAGCUCAUGGUAUCUACCUAGAUCAAAAUUUAGAUUAUGCCACAGUUCGCUCCGACCUCGAAAUGUGAUGUGAGUGUCGGCAUCUCCUGAUAAUGGCAUUCCGAGUAGGUUUCAAUCCGCUGUGUUCACAUGUAUCGUAGCCACAACAAUCAGCCAGAACUUUAUUACAAGGAUCAAGCCUUCUGAAAAAAACUGACAGCAAACGACCCAAGCAAGCAACAAAAACAAAACGCUUCCAUUGUAAUCAACUGAGCUAUACUUUGUUGUUAAGUAGUUUUUGUGUUAUAAUUAUCUUACAAGCUAAUAAUAAAAACUAAUCAUUAAUAUCGGAGGUAUAAUUGCGACAAUAUUUCUUAUUUGGACAUUUAGCAUUGCAUAAAAUUGUCAUUUUUUGGGCCUUUCAAGACAACGAUCAUUAUAUUAAAUAAAAAUGAACUAGAAAUUUGACUUUCAUUAGGCUUUCUCUGAAGUCCUAGAAGACCCUGUGGGUUCCCUUCUGUAAAUCAGAUUGAAAAACAUUGGAGUAUUCCUUUAACUUGAGGUUAAUUUAUCUGAGCAGUUGAAACUGACUGAUACGGGGGAACGGAAAGGCCUGGACGUUAGUGGCCAUCAACGUGUGUGCACACGUAUGUGUUUGUAUUUGAGUGAACAUUUAUAUAUGGGUAUUGAUGUGUGUUGGAACUGACUCUCUAGUAGACUAGAUAAUCUUUCUAAAAUCUGACAUCUGGCCUCCCCCCCCCCAGAAGUCUUACUGUAGGGCCCCCAAUGAAAGUAUAUAUGUUAGUAUGACGAUGAAUUCUGAUAUCAGAGAAAAUGUAAAUAUUUGUAAUAAAUUUGAUUUAACACCAGA